AUGACAGAGCCUGUAACUAAAAUAGCUGUCAUUGGAUCUGGCCUCGCUGGACUCGUGACGGCCCAUCUGCUGAGCGAACAAGAUGAAUUCAAAGUCCACCUCUACGAACAGGCCGAAUCCCUGGGAAUGGAUGCCGCCUCCAUCACCGUCGGUGACUCUCGCAUCGACGUCCCCAUGAGAAGCUUCUUUCCUGGCUACUAUCCACGUCUAACAAGGCUAUACGACUAUCUCAACAUCCCUUAUGCUGCCAGUGAAAAUUCAAUGAGCUACCUGCAUCUCAAACACACGCAGUCACAGUCAGCUCCACUGCCACAAUCUUAUCCUAGCAACAUCAACAAACCACACCGCACUACAUUAUACCAUGAUAGCAUUAUAAGUCAACCUCGAAAACCAUACUUCUCAUUCUCCACAUAUCGGAUACAAGCCCUCGACUUUAUGGCAUCGUUACCCGAUACACCAUCAUCAGCAAACUCUUGGACCUCAUACAUAAUAGGAUGUUGGACUGCUUUACUUAUAACUUGGCAAUUCUUAUACUUGGUAGUCGCUGCAAAAUAUGCUCUAGCUAUGGGUCACUUGUUGUCAUACAAACCAGGUCAAGUCAACCCAAAAUCACCGUAUAAAGGCAUGACCCUAGCAGAAUACUUUAAGGUGUAUAGAUAUUCAGAUGCCUUUGUUGGAGACUCGUUCUUCCCACUGUUUUCUGGAGCAUGCACGUGUACAUUUGAGGAACUAUCAAAUUUUCCCGCUGUAGUGAUUCUAGAAUAUGUCGCAAGGUGCUUUCCAUUUGGACGCAUGUCCUUUGUAACUUGUGGCAUACAGCAAGUUGCAGAAAGAUUAGCAAUACCGAUUGUGAAUAAUGGCCGCAUUCAUCUCUCCACUCCUAUUGCAUCUGUCACUCAAACAUCAACCACGGGACAUCGAUUUCUAGUAGAAACCACUAGUGGGAGUAUAGAGGGAUACCAUCACGUUAUCUUUGCAACUCAAGCAAACCAAGCCGCCAGAAUGCUUGGUAAUAGUCGAGAUGAUGAAGGUUGGGAAAGCAAUGUUGAAGAACAGCGGAUGGCCCAAGAAUGGAAGUCUUCUCGUCUCACUGUUCUGAAUCGUUUUCCAUAUCAAAAGUCGACUGUUGUAUGUCAUACAGACACUACCCUAAUGCCUGAACAGAAGGCCGAUUGGAGAUGUCUCAACUUUGCUAAAGCAUAUCCUUCAAAGUUGAAAAAGGAUGCCUUCAAAGGCAUUGGUUACAAUCCCAAUGAUAUUGCACAAUGUACUCACUGGGCUAAUAUCUCACAGGCAGGAUUGUCAUCUGAUGUCUUCCAAACUACAAAUCCAAUCGUGCUGCCUGAUCCUUCAAAGACUCUAUCCAUUUCUUGGUUUGAACGGUGUUAUGUUACCAUGGAUUCGAUGAUGGCAAUAGAUGAUCUGGCCAAGCUCCAGGGACAGAUGGCGCAAGACGUUGCCAGAUUGGAGUACUUGGGUCUCGUAUCCAAAAUCACAACAGAAUUGUCAAAUCAUACCAACAUCGCCGACAAGGAUACAGCAGAGUUCCUCAUUGCAGUCCAUGAUGCCUCGACAGAUUAUGAAUCCUUCAAGAAACAACUGGGUGAAGCUGCUGAUGAACUCGGAGACUCCUUUCUCAAAAAUGUAGAUCGAAUCAUUAAGACCAUGCGACCACUGGGAGCAAAGUCUCUGGCUGGUCCUGGUAUGAAGAUGAAGAAGCAGAAAAAGAACAAGGGCAAAGCUGGUACUGGUGGGAACGCUGGUAAUUCUGUCAACGCUGCUACAACGGACGCUCAACCGUCGCAAUGGGAGGAUGACGAGACUGCCGAAGUUAGAAAGGCUCAAAAGGCAAAGUUUCCUGGAUUAUCGCGACCAGAUGAUCUGGAUCGAGUCAAUAAACUCAUCGAGGAGGAUGUCAAGGUAGUAGAUGACACUCUCAAAGAGCUACAAGGACUGGUUAGUGGCUCCAGAAGAGAAGUAGAUAGUCGCAAACGAUCUAGUCGUAGCCCAAGCCCAAACUAUAAUAAUCAUAAACGAAGACGAUCCAACAGUCCAUCUGAUCGUAAACGUAGGAGAUCACCAAGCCCAAAUCGAAUAGACGAUACUCCACUACUACAUAAAAUCUAUGAAGGUACCGUACAAGGCAUCAAAGACUUUGGUGCGUUUGUACGUCUGGAUGGUGUACGUGGUCGAGUCGAUGGUAUGGUCCACGUCAGCUCCAUGUCGAACUCGAGAGUUGGACACGCAAGUGAUGUCGUGUCUAGGAAUCAACGAGUUAAAGUAAAAGUAAUGUCAGUUGCCGGUAAUCGUGUUGGCCUCUCCAUGAAGGAUGUAGAUCAAGAGACGGGUAAAGACCUUACUCCUCACCUUCGUAUAAAAUCCGCUGCUGAAAUGGCUGCAGAGAUUGGGCGAAAUCCAGAUAAACCGGUCCGCAUGGCACCUGAUAGCAACAUCAAUAGUCAACAGCCUGUCAAGAAGGUGAAACGUCUUACAUCACCAGAACGUUGGGAAAUAAAACAAUUGAUUGCAUCAGGUGUUUUGGAUCCGAAAGAUUAUCCAACCUUUGACGAAGAAACUGGGCUGGCAGGUUAUGAAGAUAAAGAAGAAGAUCUAGAUAUUGAAGUUCGAGAAGAUGAACCCUUCUUCUUGAAAGGACAGACUAAACAAUCCAUCAACCUGUCACCCAUAAAGAUAGUCAAAAAUCCGGAUGGAACCAUGAAUCGUGCAGCACUAUCCACCGCAUCUCAAGCAAAGGAACGUCGUGAAGCUAAGAGAGCUGAAGCCGCCGCUGAAUUUGAUGCAGUACCUCGUGACCUGAAUCGCCCCUGGAUUGAUCCAAUGGCCGAUGCAGGAGAACGUGGAUUUGCUCAAGAUAUGAAGGGCAUGACUGUGGAAGAACGAGUGCCUGAAUGGAAGAAGAAAACCUUUAAUAAUGCUACAACCUUUGGUAAAAUAACUAGUCUUACCAUCAAGGAACAGCGAGAGCACCUCCCUAUAUAUAAACUCAGAAACGCCUUGGUCCAGGCCGUAUAUGAUAAUCAGGUCUUGAUCGUAGUAGGAGAUACUGGGUCUGGUAAAACUACUCAAAUGACUCAAUACUUGGCCGAAGAUGGAUUUACCGCUCGUGGUAUGAUUGGUUGCACCCAACCUCGUCGUGUCGCAGCAAUGUCUGUAGCCAAACGAGUAGCUGAAGAGGUGGGAUGUCGUUUGGGAGAAGAAGUUGGUUAUACCAUUCGAUUCGAAGACUGCACAUCGCCAGCAACAAAGAUAAAAUAUAUGACCGAUGGUAUGCUUAUGCGUGAAUGUCUCAUCGACCCGAUGCUCAAUCGAUAUUCAGUCAUCAUGCUGGAUGAAGCUCACGAACGUACCAUUCACACUGAUGUCAUGUUUGGUCUUCUUAAAAAGACCAUCAAAGCUAGACCAGAUUUAAAAAUUAUUGUGACGUCAGCGACACUGGAUGCUGAAAAAUUCUCUAAAUACUUCUUUAAUUGCCCCAUCUUCUCCAUUCCUGGUCGAACAUACCCUGUAGAAAUAUUGUAUACCAAAGAUCCCGAAAGUGAUUAUCUCGAUGCAGCACUGAUAACAACCAUGCAAAUUCACUUGUCGGAACCAGCUGGUGAUAUUCUUGUAUUCUUGACGGGUCAAGAAGAAAUUGAUACAGCUGCUGAAAUCUUGUUUGAGCGCAUGAAGGCUCUAGGUCCGUUGGUGCCAGAACUUAUAGUAUUACCAGUAUAUUCCGCUCUACCAUCCGAAAUGCAAUCCAAAAUCUUUGAACCAGCGCCGCCUGGCUCACGUAAAGUAGUCCUUGCCACCAAUAUUGCGGAAACCUCGAUCACUAUCGAUGGUAUAUACUAUGUCAUAGAUCCUGGAUUUGUAAAGCAGAACACGUAUGAUCCAAAGUUAGGAAUGGAUGCAUUGGUUGUGGUUCCCAUCUCGCAAGCUCAGGCUCGACAAAGGUCUGGACGAGCUGGACGAACGGGGCCUGGUAAAUGCUAUAGAUUAUACACAGAAGCAGCAUAUCAAAACGAGAUGCUACCAAACUCGGUGCCCGAAAUCCAACGAAUGAAUCUGGGUAUGACUGUAUUGACACUGAAGGCCAUGGGUAUAAACGAUAUGUUAGGCUUUGACUUUAUGGAUCCACCGCCAGUGCAAACCAUGGUGACGGCCAUGGAGCUGCUGUAUCAACUAGGAGCUCUAGAUACUGAAGGUCUACUCACAAAACUUGGUCGAAAAAUGGCUGAAUUCCCACUUGAUCCGCCUCUAAGUAAAAUGUUGAUUGUAUCUGAAGAACUGGGUUGCUCUGAUGAGGUCUUGACCAUAGUCAGUAUGCUCAGUGUCCAGAACGUAUUCUAUAGACCAAAAGAAAAGCAAGCUCAGGCCGAUUCCAAAAAAGCCAAAUUCCAUCAACCCGAAGGAGAUCACUUGACGCUCUUGGCAGUAUACAAUGGGUGGAAGGCUUCCCAAUUCUCGUCUCCAUGGUGUUAUGAGAAUUACAUACAGGCUCGUCAGAUGCGUCGUGCUCAGGAUGUACGUAAACAAUUAUUAGGUAUGCUGGAUCGAUAUCAUCAUGAUGUAGUGUCUUGUGGUCGUAAUGUAUCAUCAGUAGUCAAGGCUAUAUGCUCUGGCUUCUUCCGUCAUGCAGCCAAGAAAGAUCCACAGGAAGGCUACAAGACUUUGGCCGAAGGAACACCAGUCCAUGUACAUCCAUCGUCUGCACUAUUCAAUAAACAGCCGGAAUGGGUCAUUUAUCAUGAAUUGGUAUUGACCACGAAAGAAUAUAUGAGGGAAGUCACUGCUGUAGAUCCAAAGUGGUUGGUAGAGGUAGCUCCCACCUUCUUCAAAGUUGGCGAUGUCAAUCGUAUAUCAAAGACCAAGAAGAAUGAAAAGAUUGAACCACUCUUCAAUCGAUAUGAAGCACCUAAUGAGUGGCGUAUCUCACGACUACAGCGUGGAACUCGUGCAUCACAAACCUUUGGCUAA